UCCCUGUUAAAACAUGAGUGAGCGGUGAGGACUGACUGACUGAGUUCAGACCGGCUCGUUCUUGAAACUGUGUUAGUUUCGUUUGUCUUCCUUUCACUUUCAGCUCGACUUUUUCAGUUUCGAGUCGUGCUAAUUCGUCUCAUUCUCAACACCAUGGACGAACGGGGUUUGAAAGAAAUUUUAAAUAUUUUGGAUAAUUGGAAGGAAGUCAAAAACCAAAUAGAAGAAGAAGAAAGAUGUCUAUGGAAUGAAAUACAGGAGGGAAUAAAUUUUUUUGGAAAACUGACUGGUAAAUCUCGCAAAAAUGUAAAAAUCCCGGACUUCUCUUUUAUGCCAAAAUGUAAUGUAAAAGUGGAGUCCUCUAUGUUCAUCCAAUCUCCCAAGUCCUCCAAGCCGAAACGAAAGGCAGCAGAGGUUGCCUGUGUCAGCAUACAAGAAUUAGCUCGUAAAAAUUUACACGAGAAAUUGCGUCAACCAUCGGUCAAUAAAGAUGCAAAUGCGACAGUCGUCAUAAAGAAGGUUUGCACUGAUGAGCCAAGGGCCAGUAAACUAAAUUUGGAUCCUAUUGUCCUAUUAGAAAGAAACCAAAACAUUCCUAGUAUUAAAAAAGAAGCAAGUGUGGAGGAAGAGAAGGAAGAUUGUCAUAGUGAUAAAGAACCAAAGACUAGCAGAUUGUCUAAUCGUGCAGCUGCUCCAUCUUCACAAAGGACUUCCAAAAGAACAUCUUCACAAAGGCUAACUGAAACUAAGGAAGUUCCCAACAAAAAAAGGAGAACAGAUGUUAGCUCUUCCUCGGAGCAAUUAAAUGAUGAAAAUGAAGACCCUAAGAAAAUGGAGGAACAGGAAGACAAUAAACCCUCCAUCCCCUCUGAUGACAUUCGCAGAUCUCAGCGAAUUUUGAAACACACAAACGAAAAGACGUCUUUAGAUUCUUCCAUCAGCCCCCCAAAGCUAAAAGUUAAAGAAAAUAUCCAACCUCGAACGACCAAUAAGAAAGUGGCGAGCUGCUUAGGAAAUAAAAAACUGUGUACACCUGUAAAGCCAAAAAUACCAUUAAGUGCCAAUAAAGUGAAUUCGGCACUUAAAAAAAUACAAAUGUUACAAGCCGAACAAAGAAAAAAAGAGGAGGAAGCGCUCAGAAAGAAGUUGAAGGAACAAGAGGCUCUCAAGAAGAAAGAGGAACUAAUUAAAAAUAAAAAAGAACAUUUGAGAAGAAAGAACGAGGAUAAAGCUUUGAAAGUAACAGCAACGAGGGAAGCGAUCGAGAAAGAAAAAAGAGAAGAACUUGAAAAAAUGGAGAAAGAGAAAGAGGAAAGGGAGAGACAUCUACGAGAAGAAAUUGAAAAGGCAAAGGAGGCAAAGCUUUUAAAGAAGAAACAGAUGAAUAUACAAAAAGCCCAGGAAGUGGAAGAAAGAAGACUAAAAGAGGAAGCCGCAAGAUUAGCAAAACUAAAAGAACAAGAAGAAGAACAACGAAGGCAAGAAGAAUUAAGAAUUAAACAACAAGAACAUGCAGAGCGUCUUCAACAACAACGCAAAAUGGAGGAAGAGAUGAGGCAAAAAGAAUUGGCAUCUAAGAUCAAGGAACCAAAGAAGGAGAUUAUAGAUGUUGAUGAUUACGGAAUUGACAAUGAUAUUAAAAUGGAUGAAGAGGAAGAGACUAUAACUAAACCGAUACCAGAAUGGGCUAAACGUGCGAACCGAUUAAAGGAGUUAAAAUACCAACAAGCAAUAACACAAGAAGAGUUGACUAAAUUUUUCGCUAUACCAACCAAAACGCCCAACCUCAAAGAAUUCUUUGGCAAGUAUGCAAUAAAAAGGGUAAGAACUUCAAGCGCUGUGUGGUCUCCGAAAUGAUUUUUUUAUUUACUAUUAUUUCAAUUGUUUUUAAGAAUACAUUUUCACAUUUUGUUUGACAAACUGAUUGUUUAUGUUAUUUAUAAAUUAUGUAAUUGUUUUAUAAUAAAUUCUAUUGAAUAAUUAUGGUGUCAGAACAUUAGGUGUGUAGAUAAUCUGCAUAUAUGAUCUAUUUUUGUUUUGAUGUAUUGUAGUUUUACUUACUUAUUUAUUUUACCGAGUAAACCAUUUAUCAUGUAUAUUU